ACCGUCAAAAUUCAGUGCGCCGGAAAUGCUAGUUCGUUACUCAAAAGUCAUAACUAAUUAUGACUGCCCGCUGCACGCAUCAGGAUUGUGUCUAGCUGCUACAACUGACUUUCCAGAUUUUUGGUCUUAAUUAAUUCUUGCGGGAAAUAAAGAUCCCAGCCCAAGAAUGCAGGCCAAUGGAUUUGCCAAACUAGCAAACGGCCAUGAUGUUGGAUGCAAUGGAGCGGGUGGAAAAAAAUUGCUUACCUUGGAUGAUGUCAACCCAAGCGUCCGGGCUAUUGCUUAUGCGAUUCGCGGACCGAUAAAUGAUCGCGCAAACCAGCUGGAUAGUGAUUUACGAAAUGGAAAGAAACUCCCUUUUGAUAAGCUUAUACGAUGCAACGUGGGGGAUGCUCCGGCGAUGGGCCAAAAGCCAAUGACCUUUUACCGGCAGCUGCUGGCUUGUUGUGCAUAUCCUGAUGCAAGCACACAAUAUCCGGCCGAUGUCCAGGCGUUGAGCAAGCGAUUCCUUGACGCUUGUCAUGGCAGAACUAUUGGUUCAUACAUAAGCAAUCCUCAAGGAUUAGAGGUUGUGCGUCAAGAUAUUGCCAAGUUUAUUCAAGAACGGGACGGUGGCAUACCGGCUUAUGCUAACGAAAUCUUCCUUUUUACUGGAGCCGGGGAUGGAAUUGUGUGCAUUCUUAACAUUUUAAACACCACAUCUGCCGGAAAGAAGCCAAUUGGAUUAAUGGUACCCAUUCCGACAUUUGCAUAUUACACAAGCUGCAUUGAUGAGAUAGGACUGAAAGAGAUCCCUUAUUACCUGGAUGAAGAAAACAGCUGGCAGUUAAAUGUAGAUGAGCUUAACAGAGCAAUAAACAACCGUGACGACUGUGACCCCAAAAUUCUCGUCGUUAUUAAUCCUGGGAACCCGACAGGACAAGUACUGACCAAAGACAACAUUCAACAAAUUAUCCGGUUUGCAGCCGAGAAAAAUUUGAUAAUUAUGGCUGACGAAGUUUAUCAAGACAACAUCCAUGAUUCAUCUCAGAAAUUCCAUUCUUUCAAAAAAACUAUAGCAGACAUGGGCCACCCUUAUUGUGAUAUGGAACUGAUUUCUCUUCACUCGGCGUCCAAAGGCUUAAUGAACGAAUGCGGAGCGAGAGGAGGCUAUGUGGAAUUCCACAACUUUGACCAAGAAGUCCUAGAUCAACUCAGAAAGCUGCUAUCGAUAAGGUCAUCUCCAUCCACUGGUCAAUUAGCCACAUUUGCCAUGGUUAACCUGCCGAAACCAGGUGAUCCAUCGUAUGAUCUCUUUAUCAAAGAGCGGGAAUCAACGCGGUCUUCCUUGGUCCAGAGAGCCCGAAUGACCACCGAGCUGCUGAACAAUAUUCCCGGCAUGCACUGCAAUGCUGUGCAGGGAGCUAUGUACGCCUUUCCUCGGCUGGAUUUGCCAGAAAAGUUCAUCCAAGAAGCAAAGACCAAAGGACGAGCGGCAGACCUUCAUUACGUAAUGCAGCUAAUGGACAGUAAAGGAGUGGUUAUUGUUCCGGGUUCCGGCUUUCGCCAACAGCCAGGAACUUAUCAUUUCCGAACAACUAUUUUGCCUCCUGUAGACCUGCUGCACGAAAUGCUGGAAAAAUUAGCGGAUUUCCAUACAAAUCUGAUGAAGAAAUAUGCCUAAAGUGGCUUGUUUUAUUUCAUUAACAAAUGGUAACCGAUGACGCAGUGAAAUAUUUGGUACAAUUAUGGAGACUAAAACGCGACAUUUGUCACCGGUCUGCACGUUAACUUAUUGUGUCGGCAAGAAUAAAAACAACUGAAUA